CUGUGCGCCCCGCCCGGCCGCGGGGCCGUCCCCGGCCCCCCCGGCGCUGAGAGCACCCGCGGGCGGGGGAGCUGCGCCCCUCCGCGCCGCCCCUGCCGCCGCCGCCGCCGGGGCUGGACGCCAGGCAUGAAGAGGAGCCUCCCCGGCGGGGGGGCUGAGGCGGGCCCGGGCCCUGCGCGGCUGCGGACCGGCCGCCCCAUGCCGGCUCCGUCCCCUGCGGCCCCUCUCCGCCGCCCGCGCCGGGAUGGAGGCGCCCUGCUGCCGCCGGCGGCAGCUCCCCGUCCUGCUGCUGUGGGUUAAUGGUCUAAUGACGCUUGGAUUAACAGGUGCACGUCAACAGACUAAUCUCUGCAAUGAAUCCCUCAUGUUAGAAAAGUUGCCUGCCUGUGGAAAAUCCUUUGAAGAGAUGAUGAAGAAAGUAGACUCUAAAAAAUGGUGCAACCUGACAGAAUUUAUCAUGUAUUAUGACAACUUUACUCAGUGCACAGAACAUGAAGCCAACAAUGCAAGUUGCUUUUGGCCAAACCCCCUUGCAGAGGGCUUUAUCACUGGAAUCCAUAAACAGUUCUUUUCAAACUGUACUUCAGAAAAGGUUCACUGGGAAGACCCACCAGACGAAAUUCUCAUAACUCUGAUCUUGAUCCCAGUCAUGCUGACAUGUGCCAUGAUAACGCUGGUAGUGUGGUGCAGUAAAAGAAGUGAUAUCCUGGUUUAAGUUGCUCCUCUCGGCUUUAUUUUUCCCAUUUCUUUCUUCUAAAAAACCUUAACAAGGAGGAAAAAAAGAGGAAACACAAAAAUUUCAGAUCUGCAGAUAUGGAACCUGUGAGAUGCUAAGAGAGAGAGGACCAUCCUGUGUUCAGACAGCUGCUGCUGCUGCUGCCAAAAGUCACUGCUUCUGAGCUAGCCAUCAGUGCUGCCAAUAGAAAGCUUUCUAGUAAUAUCAGGACCCAUCAUCAUGGAGUUCACAAGCAGUUCUGAGAAGCAGGAGAGUCCCCAGGAAAAUGAACCCGUUAGCUACAAGAGAGGUAAAGUUAUUUUCCUACAGUUAAAACUGGUUAGUAAAGUACGUUCUCAAAAACUGCAUGUAAGUGUGUGUACGCAUGGUAUAGCAUCAACUUUGGGGGAGGUGAUAUGUCUUGAGUUUUCAUGCAGGACAGUUGAGGUUUUCAUCUGUGAAUCCUGUGACUUGAAUGGAAGAUCAUCAGCAAAGGAAAUGAAUGUGGAUGUAACCAAAUGGCAACUUUUCCUGGAAGCUAAUUACAAACAUCAUUAUCAAGAACUGGAAAUAUUGUCUUGGCAAAAAGAACAAUUUAUAUGGCCAGUGACUACCCCUACAGGGAACAGAUCAUGCCACGUUAUAGAAUAGUUUAUAAAUGCCUUUAAGCAUGGCUAGUUGGAGUUGGAUGGCUCACAAACAAACUUUGGGAAGGAUACAGGUCUUAUUUCACAAAGCUGGAAGAUGCGAGCAGAAAGGGGAUGAUACACUAAGGAGUGGUGAAGAAACUUUCAUGUGCCAAACUCUUUAUUUUUCCUCUCUUGUAAUUAUUAUUCUUGACGACUUGUGUUCGUUGUAUAGUCCUCACUCUCGCUUCAAAUUAUGCAAGUGAUGCCCUACAAAUAAACAAAAAGGUGUGAUGUUGAUUGAGGUGCCUUUCAGAGAAUAAUUUUGUACAUAAAUCAAUUUUCAUCAUGUGAAGAGCAUGGGAACUAAAGUAUGAACAUCAAAAAGGUAUGAACGUUGUUUGGAACAGACAGAGGAGGAAAGAUAAAAAAUCUAAUCAAAAGUCUUAUUCGAUGAAACUAUUUCUAUGUAACAAUUUAAAUAAAUAUCAUAUACCUAAAAUAAAACAA